AUGCAUGACGUCAUAAAGCCGCGGAUUUCGAGGUUUAUCAACGCGUGGUUUGCCUUACAACUUCCACAUUUCGGAGGGAAAUACUCGAUUGAACGAUUGCUGGCGUUUGAGGAAUACACUCGGAACACAUCAGUCGACCGCGUUCUACUUGUUGUCAUCGGUGCUCCUCUAGUAAUAAUCGCUCUAUUGCUCGGCCAAGAAAGUAUCCCGCUUCAAGAUCCAGCUGAAGGGUGGGAAAAUAACGUUGGAUUCUGGAUUCGAGCAGGAUUACUCGGGGCUGGAGUAGGUUACGCUGCCGCAAUCCAGAUCGGCUUUUGGCUGGAUGCCCCUCCGUUUUCUCUAAAGCAGAUAUCUUGCUAUUGUGCUUUCAUGAGUGUAAUUUACGUCGUUGUUGGUAUGGUGACGGCGGAAUUAUGGGUAUUUCCGAUCCCGUUCUUCAUGUUUACUCUGGCCACCAUAACGACAUGUUUUCUUUUGAUAUACUUCAGAAUUAUUGUGGGAUCUCGUGGAUUUCAGCAGAUAUCGUUGCAACGUGAUAAUCUUCGUCGGUUGUGCAGGAUUGGAUCACUGCAAAGCUUCAUGUACGUGGCAUACCCGGCUUAUCAGGUGCUUUUCAGUAAGGCAAACUAUACAAUGUACGAGAUACCCGUUCUCCUGCUUCUUCCGCUGUUUCGACUUGUGAUAAUAGUGUUGUGUUUACAGUCGACUUUUUCGACGCUGUUUACCUAG